CGAAUUGACACCUGCACACCAGUUGACAAGUCUGCGAACCAUUGCCUAGUAUUGGCCGAUUUAUUCGAGAAGAUUGUGCCCUGAAAAGACCACUUCGAACCCACAUCCGAGCCCGCGAGUCACAGUUCGCGAUCGGGACACGAAUACCACUUCGGACACGAAUUCUUUAAGCCGAGGGGCAGCGUAGAAAAGAGCCAUUGAAGGCCGCAAAGAGACUUGAAGGAGUUCAGACAGGCAGAGCGAGUCAAGACACACAGAAGACAUCAUGGCAGCAGCAGCGGCAUCAGUUGUGCCAGCAUUGGACCAGAGGCCCAUCAAGAACACCAUUUGUUUGUUCGAUGUCGAUGGCACCCUCACUCCAGCCCGUCGCACCGUCUCCCCAGAGAUGCUCCAGCUCCUCUCCGCACUCCGUCACAAAGUAGCAAUUGGCUUCGUCGGAGGCUCCGAUCUCGCCAAACAGCAAGAGCAGCUCGGCACAGCGUCGAUCCCCGUCACCUCACUGUUCGACUUUUGCUUCGCUGAGAACGGCUUGACUGCCUACCGCAUGGGCCAGCCCCUCGCCUCGCACAGCUUCAUCAAGUGGAUUGGAGAGGAACAGUACAAGAAGCUCGUCAGAUACAUUCUGCACUACAUCGCAGACUUGGACAUUCCAGUCAAGAGAGGUACUUUCAUCGAGUUCCGUAAUGGCAUGAUCAACGUCAGCCCAGUGGGCAGAAACGCGAGCGUGCAAGAGCGAAAUGAUUAUGAGAAGUUUGAUUUGGAGCAUGGAAUCAGAAAGACAUUUGUCGAGAGUCUCAAGAAGGAAUUCCCAGAUCUUGGAUUGACCUACUCCAUCGGCGGCCAAAUCUCUUUCGAUGUCUUCCCCAAGGGCUGGGACAAGACCUACUGUCUGCAGCACGUCGAGAAUGAGAAGAACUUGCCCGGUGGUGUUGAGUACUCCACCAUCCACUUCUUCGGCGACAAGACGUACCAGGGCGGCAACGACUACGAAAUUUACGAGGAUCCAAGAACUGUGGGACACAGCGUCAAGAACCCCGAUGAGACCGCUGCUGAGCUCAAGAAGCUUUUCGACUUGUAGAUCACAUACUCAUCGAACUGGUCACAUGUUUCCUGCUGGACUGAAAGCGUGUUGAUUGCGUUUGGGCAGUGUGGUAGAUACAACAUAGACUCGCGCAAAAAGUUUUACGAUUUUCAUGCCCUGAUUUGCGAACACUGUUU